GCAGAGGACGCCAUUUUGUACAACACCGAUUGGCUACUUGCUGUGUUGCAUUGUCACUGAUCGAAGUCAGCGUGCCAUCCGAGUGCAAAUUUUAUUUACAGUAAAUUAUACCGAAAAAAACUGGAUGAUAAGAGAGAUUCCUUACUAAUAUGGCCAAGAAAGAAAACUGUCGUGACUUUGGCUCAUUUCAAGCAUCAAAUGUCCAAGAACUAAUAAGUAUUCCAGAGGAAAAGUAUGAGUCCCCAGCAAUGCCAUUCCAGUUACCAUCCUUUAAAGACAUUCAGUUUGGGAACAAGUGUAAACAAAAGCAUUUUUUGUUGGAGGAACAGUGUACAUUUUUGAAUCAUGGAGCAUUUGGGUGUGUGAUAAAGGAGGCGAUUCAGAUUGCACAGCAGUGGCAGCUAUAUGCAGAGCGUCAGCCUCUGCGAUUUUUCGACAGAGAACUUUUGCCACAUCUUGUAUUUGUCACUCGACGCUUAGCAAAGUUUGUUGGAUGUGAUGCCAGCGACCUUGCUCUUUUGACCAAUGCAACUAUGGGUAUAAACAGCGUGCUGAGAAGUUUGACAUUUUCUCAGGGUGACAUAAUUGUGUGUCUAAGUGUUACAUAUGGUGCAGUGAAGAAGCUCCUGAGACAAAUUUGUGAGGACACUGGUGCAGAGUUGAAGGAGAUUCACUUAGAUUUCCCCAUCACUGGUGAAGAACAGGUUGUGGAUGCAGUGAGACAAGUGAUAAGUAAAGAAAAUGUGAAGCUGGCAGUGUUAGACCACAUCCCUAGCAAUGCACCAUUUAUUUUACCACUUGAAACCAUAUUGCCCAUUUGUCAUCAACAUGGAACGAAAGUGUUGAUAGAUGGAGCUCAUGCCCUUGGAUCAUUGAACCUACAUUUAGAAAAACUUAACGUUGACUUCUAUGUCUCAAACUGUCAUAAGUGGUUUUGCAGUCCUAAGGGUGCAGCAUUUUUAUAUGUUAGGAAAGAUCACAAAAACCAUGUUCGCCCAUUGGUGAUUUCUCAUGGCUAUGGCUAUGGAUUCAGUUCUGAAUUUAUUUGGUCAGGUCUGAAGGAUUAUAGCCCUUUCCUUGCAUUGCACACAGUACUUGACUUCUGGCAUGCAGCUGGUCCAGAUUCAAUACAUCGGUACAUGAGAAGAAUGUCCAGCCAUGCAGCAGAUGUCUUGUUAUCUUCGUGGAGAACAUCAUUGGCAGCACCAAUAUCCAUGUUUGGUUCCAUGAUUCUUGUGCAGCUUCCUGCCACAAUCUAUGCACACAAAAGUGUUGUUGAUUACAAUGAAGCAGAAAAAGUACAAAACCUUCUAUAUCACAGAUUUAACAUUGAGGUUCCAGUGAAGGCAUUGCAAGGGAAACUGUAUGUGAGAGUUUCACUUCACAUUCACACAACUGAAGACGAUAUCUGGUCACUUGCCAAGGCUGUCUCCUCUCUACAUGAGUUGUAUGCCUGACUGUCAAAUUUCAUUGUGACCAGUAACGAGAAUAAAAAACCCUCUAUUGUACAUUCUAAUUGCAUUCAGCAGGUAUUCUAUAGAAUUAUAUUAAAGUAUGUGUAUAUUUAUGGAAGGGAAAAAUUGUGAAAUAAAUUACAAGAAGGAACUUUUAGUUAGAUUUGUGUGCUAUUUGUCAAUGAAAUGCAAAUGAGUAUUCUUAUGAUAUAGUGCAUUAUUUUGGUGUGAAAAUUGUGUGGAUAAGCAUGUUUGUUCAUCAUGUAUGAUGUGUAAAACAUUUACUCACACAAAUCUUCACGUGGCUGGGAGGGUGUGAAAUUUGUCUUUUUUUGGAUUGAUAGUCAUGUGAUGGCCAGUCCAGAAGAAAAUGUUCCUAUAUCUAAAGGGCUUUAAUAAAUAAACCCUUAAUAUGCCCAUGACAAAGAGUGUCUUCUUAAAUUUUUAUCUUAUAUUUUAUUUUCUGCCAUCAUAAAUAUUGUAAAUCUCAGCUUGUCAUCAGGUGUUUUCUCAUCUUUGGGAAAUGCUCUGGCCACUCUUUAAGAAGUCCAUGUUUGACGUCAGUGUGUACCGUCCAGUUUCCAAAUUGUCUUUUCUCUCAAAGAUUUUAGAGAAAGUAGUUUUGACACAGCCUGGGGCCUACUUACAAGAGCACCACCUUAAUCCCCAAGCUCAGCUAGCAUAUAGACCUUUUCACAAUACCAAAUCUAAAGUGACCCCUGACAUAUCUAUAUAUUAUCUGCCCUUGAAUUGAUGUUUCUGUCUUAACUCUACUGGACCUGUCUGCUGCAUUCAACACUAUCGACCACCCUCUUCUCCUUCAUAGACUCCAUACCCUGUACAGAAUUUAUGGAUCUGCAUUAGCAUUGGUAAAAACUUUUAUCUCACUGAUAGGAUGCAGACUGUGUUUGUUGAUUGCCAAACAUCUCACCCUGAUCUGCUUUCCUGUACUUGGCCCAGUUCUAUCCAUUUUGUAUACAGAACUACUUUUUGUCAUUAUCCGGUCAUACCAGGUUUCUCGUCAAUUAUAUGCUGACAACAUAUACUCUACUCUACCGGCUAGCUGCCCACUGCAGUGGUGACAAGCGAGUGUUUUAACCACUACACUAACGGGAGCCCCUUGGCUUUCUUGAAAUUUCAUUUGGUGUCUUUUUGGAUGCUUGGAUUUAAGAAACUGGAUGGUGAUCAUUUCCUCCAAGUUAUUUGUAUAUGAUUCUUGUAGUGAGUUUCUGAAUGUCUUCACUAGCCAUUACUAUGUUUGGUGUAGAUGUUAUUUUCCAGGCUUUACAGUAGAAUGUUGGCAUUUCAGGGUUGACUGAGAAUUAAUUGGUGAUUAUACAUCUGAUCUUCUAUGUCUUCUCCCUUGCCACCUGGCUCUAUUCCAUCUUGAUUAAUGGCCAUUGAAGUAACAAAGUAUAAGAUGGCUGCAGUCCUUCAGUUUGGUUUUUCAUUGCAUUGUCUGUUGGUUUGGGACUAAUAGUUUGUUUCUAUAAGUUCAUCAGAUGGCAGAUUUGAGAUUUUCUUAGCAUGGUCUUCCAUUCUGUGGACUGCAGCUAACCUGAGUCAGUAGCCAUCCCUCUCCCAUCCCCAAACUUUUGUGUAUGGUUGUUCUGUUCCGUCCCCCCACUUACAAAGAAACAGUGGUUUUUAGUGUGGUAUGUUUCCUGGGAACAUAAGAUAUGAACAUUGUUAUUUCAGAAAUUCUUGUAGUUUCUUGCUUUUUAUAGCCUCCUCCAUUUCAUUAUGCUACUGUGAGCAGUGUCUCAUUGGGUAGGUUAUGUUGGCAGUAGUUCAACUCUGUCUCCAAAGCUGGCAGAGUUGCUAGUGGAUGCUCUUCCCCUCAAACUGUUGCACAGGAGAUGAAGAGCCACAUUGUUGAGGUGUGUUAAUAUCUAAUCAUUAUUUGACAUAGCAUGUGCACUUAUUUCCAUAGGGAUCCCUGGCACUUCUUGGGCGGGUUCCAUGUUCCAGUUUUAUUUUCAAGAUUUUCUCCUCUAGGUCCACUAUAUUUAUCCUGGGGGCUAAUUCUGCACAGUGUAUGUGGCCAGCACAACAAUGAAAAAUUCAGGCUAUGUGUUGCAGCAGCAGCAGCAGCAGCAGCAGCAGCAGCAGCAGCAGCAGCAGCAGCAGCAGCA